CCUCAAUCUCCCUGCUUUUCUCGCGGUCUCCUUCCCCUCGCCCUGCCCCCUGCCACAUUGCCGCUCUUCGGUGCCGCCAUUGCUGUCUGCCCCGGAUGAAUCCCGAGGACUUCGGCUUCAACCGCCCCCCGCGCCCGGUCCCCGGACAAUACCAGCCGCGGCGGUCGAGCCCCCUGUCGGGGCUGUCUUCGCACCCAGAGAGCGGGGACCUUCCCACCUUCGACCCCCUGGCACCGGCCUCCCUGCACCAUGUCAGGCCGUCGGAUGACUCGCGCUAUGAUCCGCUCAGCUGGACGGACUACUUUAGCGAGCACUACUUCCUGGACAUCCCGGAUGGGAAGGUGUCUGUCUAUCAGAUCGGUCAGAUGGCCCCACACCGGCCGCUACUGAUCCUGCACCAUGGUGCUGGGCAUUCCGCCCUAUCGUGGGCUCUCUUCAGUAAGAGCCUCUCUGCCCAACUUGGCGGAAACAUUGCCAUCGUGGCCAUCGACUGCCGUAACCACGGUCGCACUGAGCUUGCCAACCCGACGGCCCUGUCGCUGGAGCAGCUGACAGCCGACUUGGCGGCCAUAAUCGAGGCUCUCUUCGCCCGGGGGGGAUUGGACCCGAAGGCUCCGCCCCAUACCUUUUUGGCUGGCCACAGUCUGGGCGGGGCGGUGGUGGUGAACGCCGCACGGCCCGAUGCCAAGGUGCAGAUCCCGGCCCUGUCUGGGGUCAUUGUGCUGGAUGUGGUCGGUGGCACGGCGCACGAUGCGGUGAUCAGCCGAAGCGUGCACCGGGUGCUGCAGGCGCGGCCAUCCACCUUCCCUGACAUCCGGUCGGCCAUCGCGUGGUGCGUGACAAGCCAGACCGUGCGAAAUCUGGAGAGCGCUCGAGUGUCGGUGCCGAGCAUUGUCACCGAGAUCGAGGGCCGAGGGGAUGCCGCGCCGCGCCUCCGCUGGGUGACAGAUCUCUUCUCGAGCGAGCCCUACUGGUCAGGGUGGUUCCCCACCCUGUCGGAGGAUUUCCUCAAACUGCGCUGUGCCCGGUUGCUGGUGUUGGCCGGGCAUGAUCGUCUGGAUGAGACCCUGCUCAUUGGACAAAUGCAAGGUCUGUUUCAGUUUAAGAUCCUCCCCCAGGCGGGGCACUGCGUGCAGGAGGAUCAGCCCGGCCUGUUGGCGUCCACCAUCGAGGGCUUCGUGUCCCGAUACUCGGGGGCUCGGCUUCGGUAGGAGGGGCAGGGGAUUCAGCGGCCCCGGUCGCGCCGGGUGCUGGCCCGCUGUUAUCUUCCCCUUUUGGCCGCCGCUCGGACGGGCCAACGUGCUGCCUCCCUGGCGGAGGAUUCCAGGGGGAGGGGGAAUAACAAAUAACAAAUAUACCAGCAAUAUACCCCUACCUGCGCGGUUCACCCCG